AUGCCAAAGAGGGUUAAGAACCAAUCUAGCGUCAAUGACUACUUCAAGAGGAAGCAGGAUAAGAUUAUAGAUGCACUAGACGAUGCAGGUGUUGUUGUGCCUGCCGGCAUACUACCGGUAACAAGACUCCUUACACCAGCUCAGAAGCUACGGGAAAAAGAACUGCGUGAUGAACUCCACAGAUUGAAGUUGUUGGAGGAUGAAUAUCGUGAGGAAUUCAACCGCAAGAAAGAUCAAUGGACUUCCUCGCGCAAGGAGUUGGUAGACCAACUUGCCGCUCACGACGAGUCCUACAAGACAGAGAUCGAGCCCGACGAGAAACUGUUGACUGAUGACGACGCGAACAUCAAGGCUAUUGUUUUUUAA